CGAAUAUUCUCACGUAAAAUUCUCUGUUUUUCAAAAAACUCAAAACCCUUUUAUUUAUUUAUAUAAAGGCCUCUUGCUUAAUUCCUUCAAUAUUCCAUUAAUAUUCCUGAUAAACAUGCAAAUCUGUUAAGGCUUCAAAGCUCUUGAUCGAACUACAAUAAUGGCGGCGUUCGGUAGGACUAAGCGAGUUACUGACCCGCUAAACGACAAGGUCAGAGCUCGACUCGUUGGUAAAGAUCAAACCCAACUUAGUUAUGUCAGCAGCGGGAGCGAGCACUCGCACGACGACUCACCUUGCCUCUCCGAGCUCGUCCACGGUUUUCUUGAGAACGAUUGCCUGACAGACUGCCACGCAGACGAUAUUGACUCGAAGCGGGUCGACUCAGUGGCCGAACUUGCCGGAGAGGUGGAAGAUAUUCUUAGAUCGACGGCCGGAGACAAUGCGGUGGACUCGUACCGGAAAAUGCUCGUGGGUCACGUUUCGGAGGCGGCGGAGAGGUUCUCGUGCCUGCUGAGAUCGAACCGAAACGUUUUCCGGCGAAGCGUGAUGGCGUAUCUGCGAGAGGUGGGCCACAAUGCCGCGAUCUGCAAGACCAGGUGGGACUCCUCCGGGGGGCUCACUGCCGGGAACUACGAGUUCAUUGACGUGGUACAACCAGGGUCCUCCACGUGGCACCCCACCCGGUACAUCGUGGAGCUCGACUUCGCGGCCCAGUUCGAGAUCGCUCGGCCGACGGAGCAAUACACGACGCUUCUCCGCUCUCUGCCUAGGGCAUUCGUCGGCCGUAGCGAGGAGCUGAAGAAGGUGGUUAAGGUUAUGUGCAACGUGGCGAAGCGAUCGCUGAGGAGCAGGGAGCUCUCCGUGCCUCCGUGGAGGAAGAACCGGUACAUGCAAAACAAGUGGUUCGGACCGUACCGCCGGACCACGAAUCUGGUCCCGGAAAAUGUGGGCGGUGCAAAAUGCAAGUUCGUCGGGUUCGACGACGCCGUUUCCGUAGUCAAUGUCAGCCACCGUGGCUUCUUCGUCCGCACCAGAUGACGAU